UCUAGAGCCGUUCGAUUCUGCUAUUUUCUUCAAUGGAGGUUGCAGAUAUGGACGAAAUUUAUCCAAGAGAAUUCACUGAAAUGGAAUUGUUAUCACAGAAGAUUUAUUGCUUGGGAAGAUAUCAAGCUGCAGUAAUAGAGAAGCUGGAGGGUGAAUUUAUUCGACCUCGUAGGCAAGUAACUGCCUGGAUGAACUUCGUUUCAACAGAAAUAAAAGAUAUCCUGGCGAUGGAGCGAAGGCUUUGUGAUGAGAAUUCGGAAGAAAGUCUUGGAUUACUCCAAUCAGUGGUUCAACAAAUGAAGACGAUGAAGAAAUACAUCGUUGAACAUAUGGAACCAAAUCCUGUUUAUUCAGAUUCAGAUUCAGUAAGUGAUUCAACUCAGAAAUCCUCAAUUUCGUUAGCUGAAGAAGAAGAUGAAUAUCUCGAUUGCAAGUUGAUUUCGUCGUAUUUCUUUGAAGAAAAUGAGAAUUCAACAGUUCUAGACUCACAUGAACAAAAACAUUUCCCUAAUUGGAGUAUUAUGAUGGAUACUUUCCAAAUAAAAAAUGUUCCAGAUAAAUACGAUCGGAAUUUUGUUCAAGAGCUGCUUUAUAAACAUGGGUACUGGUCAGAUUCAUUACCCAGUGGUGUUACUACUGCUGCUUGGUGUAUGUUUGAUAAAAAGCUUGAGACUGCAGGUUGGAAUUCAAGUGGUAUUAGAAAGUAUUCUCUCUCGCAGCGUAAAAUAGAUAAGGUGAGUUACAAAUUGAUUGUCGACGAAUGUCUCCUCCUUAUCUUGGAUUCUUUUCGUAUGAUAUUUGAUCGUGGAAAAGGAGGAAAACUCAUUAAGGGGUAUUUGUUAAUUGAUAGUGAUUAUAGAUUCUGUUUCGAGGUGUUUACUUCUGUUUCAUUCGUUCUUAAUGUGGGUUCAGUUUCGAUGGCUUACGACAAAGAAAAAUUUGUUCAUGAGCUUCUCACUAAGCAUGGGUUCGAAGCUGAUUCAUGGUUUAGAAUUUGUAUGUUAGCUAAUCCAAUGGAUAUUUUAUGUUUUGAGCACAAAUUUUUUUUCAACCACACAGUGCCUACUGGGAUAUUUGUUGUCAUUGUUUGAAGUUUACUGAUAAGGUACUUGAUCGUGGAAAGGAGUUCGAAUCUAUUAACUGGAUUUCUUAUACUCUUGUUGUUUAUGUAUUUUUUUUUAACAAAACUACUUCUGGGAUGUUGGUAUUCUCUGUGUGUUCAAUGUUAAUGGUUAAAUUUCAUGGAAAUUCAGUUCGUAAGCCAAUUCUUAAACAUGGGUAUGGAUUAAAUUUGUUGCUUAUGCAAAUGGUUAGAGUCGUGAAACAUGAAAGUGAUAUGCUGCCCAUACAUUCGAGGGAAUCUGUAGUUAAGUUAUGGAGUAUGGGGGAUGGUUGGAUUACUAUGUGGCUUUUCAUUAAGAUACCUGAAGCACCUGUAACUAUUGGUUGUGGUCGUUGGUUGUUCGAUAGAGGAAAAAUACAUGAACCCAUAUUAUGGAAUUUUCAUUGCAAGAGUUUUUCUGGUGCAGAGGAUAUUAUAUUCCAGCUUCAACUUGGCUUAUCUGCUGCUACAAGGGUCCUUUAUGAUGAACUGUUGAAGGAAAUUGUUGGGUGGCAUGAAUGUGGAGAUGUAUCACUAACUUUCUUACUGGAAUUUAAACCUCUAAUCAUGCUUCUUUUGCCUAUUCUCACAGUUGUCAGCAGGGUUGUUUAUCUUUUGAGAUGGGUCUGUCCAAGUACUUUACAUGGGUUCUACCAAACUAUUCAAGCUCAUGUUAGACAAAAUUGUACUACGGUAUUUCAGUAUCCUCCUUGGAUUGUUUUUCCCACUUUUAUAUAUUCCCUAGCAUGUUGUAGUCGAUUGUUGGGGGCUUGUAAAGGGUCAGAAUACUUGGAAAAGACUACAGUAUUAGAAAGGCUGACGGUGCUGAGCAGAUAAUUAUUUUGCUGGAGUCUAACUAUAUUUUGAUGCUUAAAUUCUCAGUUUUCUUGGUUGUCGUCGCUCAGUUUUAUCUCUCAAAAAUCAGUUCAUCAAUGGAUUCUCUAUUAAUUACUUCUGAAGUUUAUGAAAGACUGACGAUUCAAGAGAGGGUUAUAAUGACAAUUCAGCAUUCCAGGAGGUGUUGUCUGCCGCUUUUUACUAUACCUGGUAUUUAACUUCUUAUUACAGCCAUGAGGUGGGUGUAUAUUAUUUUCUUUCAUCUGGCUACUUACUUCCUGGUUUUGGUUACUUGUGGGGUUCCUGGAGUAUGGUUAACAUGGGUUUCACCUCAGUGGGGGGCUAUGAUACGAACUGGCAUUCGGGAAACAAUCUGUUACUCGAAACUGAAGCCCUUCGAUAUUUUGCAGUAUUUCUCAUGAGUAAAAACCGUUGGAACUUGUGUCCUGCUAUUGGAGUUCGCUGUAGAGGUUUGUACUUCUUAUCUCCAUCUCUCACUAGUACUUCUUUACCACUAGAGGUCUCAAGCACUUUUGCCAAAUUUCUGGGGAUAUCUAGUUCAAUUGCUUUUGAAAGAGAGGGAAUUAUUUUAAGUUUGCAAUGGAGCUUGUUGUACCAACCAACAAAAGGUGCUAGUUGGACAGAUCUUUGGAUCAGUAUUCUUGUUCAUGGGGUUCUCUACACAGAUGACAACCUGGAGAUUAAUAUUCCUGUCUCAGUAACCACGACUGAUACUUCAAGCUGUGUUUUUGUUCGUGCUUACCAAGAUGUGCGUGGUGAAGAUAGUGUGUGCCCUGGAGAGUUAACUUUACAGAUUGAUUUGGAGGGAGGACGUACGAUUUUAUAUGAUCAUUGCAUCUCACAGGGAAAUGGUCAGAUGACUAUGGCAUCUCAGCAUUGUUACCCAGCAAUGGCAAAAAGGCAUGCGGAAAUGUCAGUGGGUGCGAUGAGUAUCCAGGAUGGUAUUUUCGAGCAGCUAAAGUUGAUACAUGGGCCUGAUAUUGAUCCUUGUAAAGGUCUGACAUGGGUACUCGGUGGCAUAGUGGUGGCUAGUCUUCUUGGCAUGUUAGCGAGUAGUACAUAAUAUGGAGACAUCACUACAUUCUGACGCCUAUGAAUAUUCCAUCUUCAAGUUACAGGCACAUAACAAGGUGGUUAAAGACAACCAGUUCAGACACAAUCUCAUCCUUGAGGACAAGGAUGUUUUUCGAGGGGUCGGUAAUGUCAUAAUAUGGAGACAUCACUACAUUCUGACGCCUAUGAAUAUUCCAUCUUCAAGUUACAGGCACAUAACAAGGUGGUUAAAGACAACCAGUUCAGACACAAUCUCAUCCUUGAGGACAAGGAUGUUUUUCGAGGGGUCGGUAAUGUCAUGUACCUGACUAUUGAGAGAAGGGUGCCCCUUAUCAGAUUCAGUGCCAGUGUUUAGUAUUAGCCUUACUAGUAGUAAUUAGCUUAUUGAUGGGUGUGUUUAUCAUUUGUAAUUAGUGGUUUAGAUGUAACCAGCUGGGGGACUACUAGUCGUAGAUUCUAGGUCAGUCUGAGUAAGGCUUAUAAGCUGGUAAGUCUGUAAUGAAAUGUUUUUAUCAGAUUAUUAAUCUAAGAAUCGUUUAUUC